GUCGGAUCGUCGUACUUACUUGUCACCGCCACCGGUAUGCCAUUUGGGGCUCCCGUCUCCGGGGUGAUUGGUCGACGGAGUACAAUGGCAGCCGGCAUAUUUCUGUUCCUGUUCGGCCUUGUCAUCGCGGCCGUACCGAUCGACAUGCCAAUGUCAAUCGCUGGCCGCGCGGUGCAAGGUCUUAGAGCGGGCGCUGUUGUGGUGCUCACAAACAUCUACCUUGCGGACAUGUUCGUGCUAGCGAGCGCGGUU